GCGGGGUGGGGCGGCCGAAGGCCGACCAACUCCGCUAGUGGGAUAAAAUGUCAUUUUUAUGUUUUUUGUUUGUUGUUGUGUUUUUUGUUUGUUUUUUGAAUGUUUUUUUUGUUUUUGGUUGUUUUUAUGUGUUUUUGUGGGUUUUUGGGGGUUUUUGUGUCUUUUUUGUGGGAGUUUUUGUGUUUUUUAUUUGGUUUUUGGUUGUUUUUGGGGUUUUUGGAUUUUUUUUGGGUGUUUCUUAGUUUUUUUAUUUUUCUUGGUUGUUUUUUGUGUGUUUUUGUGGGGUUUUAGGGUUUUCUUGUCUUUUUUGGGGUUUUUGUGUUCUUUGGGGGAUUUUGUGUUUUUUG